AUGCUGCAAGAAAAGGAAGUUUCUUACAUCACAUCAAGAGAACAUGGUGAUGCUGAAAAAACCGGUGGUGUUUACGUUGAUUCAUAUUCUUCUGAACAAGAUGAACCCAAAUUAACUGGUUUUGCAAAAUUUAAAGAUGGAUUUAAACGUGCAAAUAUGGAAGAUUACGGUGUUACCGAAAACAUGACUGAAGCUGAAAAGAUUGCUGUCUUGACUGCCAAUUCUCCAUUAUCUCGUUCCCUUAAAAAUAGACAUUUACAAAUGAUUGCUAUCGGUGGUUCCAUUGGUACUGGUUUGUUCGUUGGUUCCGGUUCAAGUUUAUCAACCGGUGGUCCAGCUGGUUUAUUAAUUGCAUAUAUCUUAAUUGGUACUAUGAUCUAUUGUACUGUCCAAUCCUUAGGGGAAUUGGCUGUUACUUUCCCUGUUUCAGGUGCUUUCGUUACUUAUAAUACUAGAUUUAUCGACCCAUCUUGGGGAUUUGCUAUGGCUUGGAAUUAUGCUUUACAGUGGUUGGUUGUGUUACCUUUAGAAUUAGUUGCUGCAUCUUUGACAAUAAAAUAUUGGGAUGCAAGUACCAAUCCAGCUGCAUUUGUCGCAUGUUUCUAUGUUUUGAUUGUCGUUAUUAAUUUCUUUGGUGUCAGAGGAUAUGGUGAAGCUGAGUUUGUUUUUUCUAUAAUCAAAGUCUUAGCAGUUUGUGGUUUUAUCAUUUUAGGUAUCGUCUUAAUCACUGGUGGUGGUCCACAAGGUGGUUACUUGGGUGCUCACUACUGGCACAUUGAUGGUGCUCCAUUCCCUAAUGGUGCGAAGGGUGUUGUCACUGUGUUUGUCGGUGCUGCUUUCGCAUUCGCUGGUACUGAAUUAUGUGGUUUGGCUGCUGCUGAAUCUGCCAACCCAAGAAAGACCUUACCAAAAGCUUGUAAGCAAGUCUUCUGGAGAAUUACCUUAUUCUACGUCAUCAGUUUAACUUUGGUUGGUAUGUUGGUUCCAUACAACAAUAAGAGAUUACUUGGUGCUUCUUCAGUUGAUGCCACUGCUUCUCCAUUCGUCAUUGCUAUCGAAAACGGUGGUAUCAAAGGUUUACCAUCUGUCAUGAAUGUCGUCAUUAUGGUUGCUGUCUUAUCCGUUGGUAACUCUUCAGUCUUCGCUUCUUCUCGUACCUUAGCCGCUUUAGCUGCUGCUAACCAAGCUCCAAAAUUCUUAGGCUACAUUGAUAAGAAGGGUCGUCCAUUGAUGGGUAUUAUUGUACAAUUAGUUGUCGGUUUAUUAUGUUUCUUAGCUGCUUCUUCAAAGGAAGGUGAUGUCUUUGGUUGGUUAUUGGCCUUAUCGGGUUUAUCUUCCAUUUUCACCUGGGCUUCUAUUAACAUUUGUUUGAUCCGUUUCAGACGUGCUUUAAGAGUCAAGGGUCGUGAUACUUCUGAAUUGACUUUCACGUCCCAACCAGGUCUUGUUGGUGCAUACUGGGGUCUUAUUUUAAAUGUUGUUGUUGUUUGCUUACAAUUCUGGAUUGCUGUUUUCCCAUUAGGUGGAUCUCCAAGUGCUGAAGUUUUCUUUAACAACUUCCUUACUGUUCCUGUCAUUAUCGUCUUCUAUGUUGGUCACAAAUUAUGGACCCGUAACUGGAAGUUAUUCAUUAGAGCCAAGGAUAUCGAUAUUGAUACCGGUAGAAGAGAAUUAGAUUUAGACUUGGUCAAGCAAGAAGUUGCAGAAGAAAAGGCAUACAUCAGAUCUUUACCUUUCUACAAGAGAGUCUACAGUUUCUGGUGUUAG